AAGCCAUGUCUGCAGGCGGCUGCCUGUAGAAAACGGCGUUGCAGUUCACAUUGAGCGCUUCUCGUCCAACCAUUGACAACGCUACUUACCAUUUCGCCUUUCGACAGCGUCCACAAUGUCUGCGAAAACCUGCCCUACGCGUCUAGUUGCUGUGAUGGGUGCCACAGGCACCGGGAAGUCGAAGUUCAUCAACAUCCUCGCCAAUGCGCAGUUCAUGGUUGGGACGGGGUUGAGAUCUUGCACAGCAGACGUUGCAGAGUCUCCACCAAUAGAAACGUGUCACGACCAAGUUGUCCUUGUAGACACGCCCGGAUUCGACGAUACAACGAUAUCGGAUGAAAUCAUCCUCGCUAGGAUUGCAGCCUUCUUGGGAACGAAGUAUCGACAAGGACAGUUACUUAGCGGCGUCGUAUACAUGCAUCGCAUAACCGACCGCAAGAUGGGCGGGAGCUCGCACAAGAACUUGAAUGUAUUCAGGAAGCUCUGUGGUGACGAGGCUUUAGUCAACGUCGCGAUCGUCACCAAUAUGUGGGAGAACGUCGAUCCAACAUUGGGUGCUGCUCGUGAGGAAGAGUUGGCGAAGGAUGACACGAUGUUUGGGCCGUUGAUCGCGAAAGGUGCUCACAUGCAUCGGCAUGAUGGUUCCAGAGCGUCAGCGUUGAAGAUCUUGAUUCAAGUCCUGGAAUGCACGCCUAGGCCACUGCUUCUCCAGAGGGAGCUCGUAGACGAGGGCAAAGAUAUCGUCGAUACGUCUGCCGCACAAGAGAUAGACAGAGAGGUUGCAGCGGCGCGACGGAGAUUUCAGAAGGAUUUGGAGGAUAUUCGCGAACGCUUAGAGGAGGCGUUGAGGGAAAAGGAUACCGAAUCACAGUUGGAAAAUGAGGAGGAAUACGAGAUCUUGAAGAAAAAGGUGGAAGAGGCAGAGACGACUCACAUGAAGCUCGCAACGGCAUUUGUGGAAGCGCAAGUGCUUGCCCAGAACCAGAGGUCGGGACCACAAGUUGGACAAACAGGUGAACUGCAAACGAAGAAACUUCUGGCACAAGAGGAUCAGGGAUCGGACGCCGCACCUCAGGAUAUUGAAAAUAUCAAUAACGCGAUGACAAAUCCCUCAACGAGACUAGAGGGGGUCGAGACAGGCCUGCAUGAAGUGAAAGAAAGGAUACAUGUGCUCGAAGAAAACGUCCAGAAGGUGACAAGGAAUCAUAGGCAAAUAUGCCUUCGGACAAAGCGAGCCCAGCUGCGAGAAUCGAACGUAGAUUCUAAAGUCGUAGCUGAAGGAGAGCUACCAAUGGAGGCGCACGAAAUUCAGAUACGACCUGCCGACUGGUGCUAUUGGAAGACAGGGAACAUGUCGCUUCAAGGUACUCCUCGUGUCCAGAUAGGCGAGCCAAUUAACAAGCCGGGACAUCUACACCCAUCACGUCGUGGCGCCAGAGCCAGGCAUCAAGAGGGUGAGACGUACUGUAGGCUCCUGGCAACAUUCCUUCGUUACCUUUCAAAGGAAGAAGCUGCUUCAUCCGGUAUCAUAACCCUGCAAAGCAUUCCCCGACCGAGGUCCUGUUAAAGAUAAGCAUCAGAACAAGCACGUAGCGUAAAUUAAGUCAGAUUCGCACUAUUUAGGAUAGGCUACAGAGACAUUGCUGGACUAAAGAUAUCAGUUUGUAUGACCAUGACAGCAGUAUGUCUGAAACUCGAUACAGAUGGGAAUCAAUCGUACGGCCUGCGUACACCGUCUUUACUAGAAUAGGACCUUGACAUUAGCGUUACCGGACCAUGGGCCAACGCAAAGAUCCUUGUCUGUCGACAGGCUCAGCUAAUAAGAUACCUCUGUCAUU